ACACAGCCUCUACCUCACUAUCCUUCCUCUCACAAAGACUAUGCACUGGCUGUCAAGUGAGUGUAAUCUGCCUCUUGUGUGUGUGAGAGAGAGAGAGAGAUUUAAGGGGGUGAGGGAAAGUAGAGCGAGGAGGCGGGGCUGUAAGCCAAGCUAUUCAUAUGUGAUCCGUAGUUCUCAUGAGCAUUUACACUGUACAGUAUCAACGGGAACGUGGACAGAGAAAAGACAAGGCGAAUAAAAGCAAAGUUGGUGAUGACAAGUGGUGUUAUCAGGGGCUCCGACACUGAGCCGGAGUGUCGAGAGGAGAGGCAGAGGUGAACCCUGGAAGAAGGACACGGACAGACCGAGCAUCUGGGAUCAACCUGAGACAAACACAGACUCCGCUGUUGCCAUGGGGGGCUCCCUCAGCCAGAGCAGGAAGGGCUCUGUCAGCUCUCCGGGAAAGAAGAGCAGCAUGUAAGAAGAGAUGCGUUUUGUAUUUGUGUCAUGUCAUCUUGAGCAAAUGAGAUAGAAGCAGAGUUCCCGUCAAAUGGUUGAAUGGAUGCUCGCUGGUUGAGUAUAGCAAUCACAUUCGCUCCUAAGAUUGUGUCAUCUUGUGUGUAUAAACUCAGUGGUUCUGUAUCAGAGAGGAGUAGGAGAUGAGGGGUUGAAGGGCAGUUGUUAGACCUUGAUGCUUCCUGUAGAGUGGCGAGGACUUUCCCUGCCUAUCCGUUUUGAAUGCUGUUUUGGUAUUCAAAUCAAAAGGAAGAGGAGGGAGACGGAGUGAUGCCUUUAGUAGAGAGGGUAUGUAAUAGACAUGAGCUGACGGGUCAUGCUCUGGUUAACGCCUCCCUUUUAUUGGAUUGACAUUUUAACAGCUGCUUUUGUCACGAUAGCAGAGAAUAAAAUGCUUCUGUGAGCUAUGAAUUUUGUAGCAGUGACCCUAAUUCUAAAAUUCGUACAAACCGCACAGGUUAUUUCUGUCUCAGCUUCAUGUUUCGUUCUUGCAGUGCUUUUGACGCCUUUAAAGUACCGUCUGAUCUAUGAGGUACAGCUGUUCAUCUGGAGCAAUCAUGUUGUCAGAGAGCGAAUGAGACGCUGUUGCUGAGGCAGUCAUCAGAGCUGAAAAGCACUUAACCACCAAGCUCCCUCUUUCUUUUCCUCUAAUCCUUUGUGACAUAGAGUGAGCUCUUUUACUUUGUCCUCCCAGCUGGUCCCAGCGAUGCUUUAAAUCUCCAAUUUUAGAAAGCCUCUGUAAGCCCCUUGUAGCAAAAAAACACUUUCUUCUGUCACAUGGCUAGACUCAGCCUCAUUCGAUCACUCAUUUCUUAAAUUUCACCAUGUUUGCUCACCGAUUGAAGUCAACGGAAACUGUAUUUGUUCAGAUGAGAAGCAGAGCAGCUGUGUAAUCAGCAGAUGUUUCGGAAAUGUUCGGGAGACAUCAGAAGUAACAGAAAAGCAGGGAUCUGAGAGCUUUCAUCAUUUCCUCUCAGCAUAUUGUAGUCUUCAUCUGUGUUUGUGUUAAGACCAGUGGGGGUUGGGGUCCUGGGAGAGCUGGGAGGCCAACCAGCAUCCUGGGAACCCAUGUUCCAGCUUCUGGUUUAAUUUUAGUUGGCUUUAUCAUCUGUUUUAUGUUCUAACUGGAGCGGUCUUUAAGGGUUUCUGCUCACAAAACAUCCAGAUCCUCAUUUUGGAAGAGACUGACCUGUAUUGAAGCUCAUUUUUUAGAGUAGUGGUACAAAUCCAGGUCAGGAUAGGUACCAAAAGUCCUCAUAUUUUUAGUGAGACCCACUUCAUAAAUAAAUGACUGGCACAAAAUUUUAAAACCUACAAUUUAAUUAUGUAUAAGAAACCCCUGCAGACUGGGCGUACCGUGAAUUAUGCUUGUGUUCAUGGCUAGAAAUACAACCUAGGUUUGAUGUAAAGUGGUCACAGAGUUACUAUUUAUGUUUGUAAGAAAAUGUUUUAUGGCUGAAUGCCAUUUUGAAUGAAAAAUAAAGUGGAUUUAUAAGGCAUGGGAAGGCAAAUGAAAGUGGAACAGUUGGAGGUUUGUUGUGCUCUCCUCUGUGCAUGCAUGUGUAAAUAAUGUACAUGCACUAUUGUCUGGCAAUUGUGUGCACUUGUGUGUGUCCUGUAGAAAUCAACAAUAGCUCUGUUGGUGUCUGAACAUGACUCCUCUCGGGUAAAACCCCUUCCCUCUUUCUCUCUUGUUCCCUUUAUUCUGUCUCCUAUUGUUUUAUAAUGCCUCUGUCACUUCAGUUAUCCUCUUGUACUGUGUCACAGUGAGUACCUCGGCUCCAUCUAGUUACUCUGAUCAUUGCGUGCAAGCUUCCCGCUCUCAUUGCAGCUAAUUGAGUUCUCGAUUAAAGAUGCAGAGGUUCAUGGCUAUGCUUCCCAGAAGUAUAUUAUCCUCCGUGGGUCUGCUGUAUUCAAGAUAACAGCAGGCAUCCCCCUAUACCCCUGAGUGUACAGUGUGUGCUUGGUGAAACCUGAGGUACUGUCAGCUCUGUUUAAGGUCCAAAAGGUGACGUCAGACCUGUUAUGUAUCUCCAUGACUGUCUCUCACCCAUCCUAUCAUCCCCCAGGGCUUUUGCUCUGCUCUGCUCUUUUAUCCUGGACUUGUGUCACCAGUGCUGCUGUGUUUUUAUGUAAUAUCAUUUUAUCCUUUUGAAAAGUCUGGUGGAAAGACCAGGUUCAACCACUAGAUGGAGCUCUAUCAUUAAACAAGCUAAUAUGACCAAGCAAUAUUUAUACUUUACACUGUUUGCACUGGAUGCCAUCAUGUAUUAUUCAUGCACAGAAGACAGACAGACUAUUUGUUUAUCGUGCCAGCAAUGGUGUUUUUUUACGUCCUCCUGUUAACAUGACGCAUGAAAUCUUGAUAAACUCUUCAAAGUUACCAUGUUCACACAAAGCAAGCCAGCAUCACAGCAACAGCUGUAACAACUUAAACUAAACCUCUAACCUUUCAUAAGAUAUUUUAAUGCUCUUGACAUCAACAACACAACCUUUCUCUUGCUUUAGGAAUUCUCUAAAGCAAAGGGCAUUACCUGAAGAAGUUUGUUAAGCAUAAACACAAAAACCUCAAUGACGCAAAAGAAGAUACAAAAUAUAAUAAUAAUACAUUUUAUUUAUAAUGCGCUUUACAUCUGAGAAAACAGAACUCAAAGUACACACUGUAAAAGGCAAUAGUAAAAACAUCAAAUAGUAAUGCUGUCCUCUAAAUAUUGUAGCCUAGAAGGUGAAAAUUUUCAUUACUUUAGUAUUAACAUCAGCAUGAUUAAAAAAGGAUUUUCUGCAGAGUUUCUAUUUUAUCUAUUCUAUUCUAUCAAAAUUCAACACUUCUUGCUGUUAAAGUGAACUCUAUAACUAAUGAGCAUGAGACACAUGACCGGGCGCAGUUAACUUAUAAAUACUGGCACUGACAUGUUUCCUGCAUUGUAGGUUUGAUGACAUUUUUGCUGAGUGCAUACAUUCUUAUAUCAGUCGUAAUGUUUCAAGACAAUGCCCUUUUCCGUGAAAAUCAACCCAAGUCUUAAAUUAGGCUGAGGGAAUGAAAUCUGAAAUUAUAUCCUGUCAUAUUUCCUCCUAGCAGUACUGGGCUUAAAGAUAUAAACAUUUCUGUGAGGCUGCUACCAGAGAGGAAGACUGUGAGGACAGAAUCUUAACUUUUCUGAUUAUACAUUUUCCUGAUGAUGGUACAGAACAAAAGUCCUUUUUACUAACAAAACGUUUUGCUGAUUAUUUGAUGUAGCAAGGGGAAAACCUAGUGGAUCCUUUCCCACUUCACAUUUAUCCUCCCAGCCAUAUGGACAUAAAAAUACUUGCACUCCACCCAGUAGUAGCUGCAGUGGCAUUUUAGUCUGGCCUAUCCAUCAUGAAAGACAUGCAUACUUCAAUAUAUAAUCAAAGAAAAUGCCAUUUUGAACCCAACCAUUUAUUUUCAAGAUACUUGGUAUGUAGAGUAGAGUUUGAGUCAAGGAAGACGUUGGCCUCAUGGUGGUGCUGUACUAAUUGUCAGUCUAGCUGUUUAACCUUCUCUCAUCAUGCAGGGGAUUGGAAGCAGAGAUAAAUAGUCUGUGAAAGUUGAGAAGCUUCUCAUAUUCCCUCUGUCAGCACACACAUAGUUAUCUCAUCCUCUAUCGCGUCGGCUCUGUUGUGGCUAACACACAUGUUGAUCACUGCUGAUUUAUUAUUAGCUCACAUGAACCUCAUAUGCUGCUAUCAGUCAAACUGUAAUUGAUGAUUAAGGAUGUCCAUUGUUGCUAACAUGAUAAAAAACAGCCGGGUUCAUUUUGUGCGUGUAUAUGGACUCGUCUGUGUGUGCCAAGAUGGCAGCUCUCGAUCACAUGUGGUUGUAGUUAAUGUGCGGGUUUGCCACUGUUUCACUGUGUGCUAUUUGUGGCUUUAAGGUGUUACAUAAGUGCUGAUGCUUUCUCCUUUUCUUCCAUGUUAUUUACAUCUCUGCAAAGAAGAAAGUCAGAGAUAUUCUGUUCUGUUCUCACUGUCUCAGUAUUAAAAACAUGUUUUUAUUAUUGCAUGGCAAGGCCAAGUCCAGUUUAUAAGUUAAAGGUGGAAAGGGGUUAACUGUUCGAGCAUCACGGGAUGUCCAUUGCACUGAGUGUGCUGCAUGGUUUCAGGGGUUUGUUAGCUCCGGGCACAUCAUGUCCUCUACAAGACAUACAGGUUUGUCCUCUCAGCUGUUCUCACUGAUAAAUAAAGAAACAAAAGAAGAAAAGGAGACCAUGUCAGGAAUGUGCAAGAAAAACAAAUGAGUAUUUCAGAUACCGGUCCUGCCCCAAAACUAGCUCUUUCUACCUUCUCUCACAGCUCUUUGUUUUUAGCCAUUUUUAAUUUAUGUUGUUUUCCAUGUGCUGAGCCAUUAAUGUGCUCCAUUUCUUCAGGCCAGCUUUCACAGAUUGAACAGGGACUCUUUCUGUGUGUUCACCAGUGUGUGACUUAUUUUUGAGUGUGUUAAUUCGUGCAUGUUUUCAUCUCGUUGCCUGCCUGUCUCUGUGUAGGAGCAGCUCUGUGUGAUCAGGGGCUGAGCUUCUGCUUUUCAUCCUUGUUAUUUUCCCACGUGUGAGCAAUAAACUGAAAGAAGGGCGGCUUACAGUUCUGAAGGAGAGCGGCGCCUCUGCCUCCAUUGCUCUGAUACCUGGUCCUUUUCCCAGUUUAUUCACUCCUGUGGUGCAAACAUCCCUCCUAUAUUGGAUUAUCUUUCGUGCAUGUAUUUUUCAAAGGACACAUCUCAUGUGGCCUGAGUGAAUGUGUUUUUGUGUGGGUUAGAGAGAGAGAGAGAGAGAGAAAGAGAGAGAGAUGUAUGAACGGUAAGCCUGGACUUACAGUUACAUAAGCCAUCAUACUGCCUUUGUGGCACAUGUGUGUGCGCAGCAUCGAGAGCUUUCAUCCACACCACUCUAAUAUCCGCCUGAUGUGUUUUUGCCCCAUUUCUACUAAAUCUAGGUUUUCUAUAUUGAUUGGUUUGCUGCCUGGCCUCUUUGUUUAAGCUAAACAAUAGUCCCUCUGUAGGUCUGGUCACACAUCCUGGAAUUAACGGCUAAAUUUAAGUUCAGAUGUUAUCUGUCUGUGUGGUUCUUUGCACCUAUUCAAUGUACUUUUAAAGUCCUUGUUAACAAUAUAUAUAAAGCUCUUGUCUCCUUUCAUACUUUCAGAGAAAGCAUGUUUCAGUUUGUUUUGUGUCAAAAUCACAGUUCUUCACAGCUUCUGCUAGGAGCUGCCAAGUAAACAAACCAUUAACAACUCAGAUUUCUCAUCCUGGGCUGCCCAAACCCACACGUCUGUUUAUUUAUAUUCAGAUCUCCUGUGAUCUCCUAUUAAAGAAUAGUAGAAAGAAGUCUGCUUAAAAACAGCACAACUCAAGGAUGGCUUUUACCUAAAAAUGUGUCAUUCAACUUAAAGUUUUAGGAGGAAUAGUCAUUGAUUUUUGUGUGAUGAUCUCGAUCAGACGGAUAAACUUCCCAACUGAGGAGUUUGCUCUAAAGUGAAUCCAGUGAAGCUCCAAUGUGGAUCAGGUCUUCUACUGUAACGUUCGACUGCUGCCCUCAGGUUACUCCCUUUCUUUUUGUACUCUACUCCUCCUUUUUUUUUUACAGACACAUGUGUUUGGUAGUCUGUCUGUCCUAGAGUAACCAGAUGCUUCUCUGCUCUUAAAACAGGAAGCACAGCCUCUCCUCUCUUCCCCCUCCUUUUCCCCCUACACAGUCGACACAGUCUGAAAGAAUCAGGGAGGGGAGAGGUUAACUCCAGAGAGUGAGUCCACAAACACGCAGGAGCGGAGCAGAACUGAUGUCUGUGAACCAGCUGAUCGUCCAGCCAGACAGAAAAAAAGAGGAAGGGAGGGAGGAAGAGGGGAGGGGAGAGAGGAGUGACUACUGAUGCUCCGGUAGACUGCACUGUGUGAGUCAGCGCGGUGGAGAGCAAAGCAAAGCAGCAACAGAAACAGAAACAGCAGCAGCAGCAGCGUGAGGCACGUUUCUCUUUCACGAGUAUCAACAGCGAAGAGGAGCAGGAUGACAGCGCUGAGGAGGAAGUGAGGACGCCAUACGGAGAAGGACACACAGAGGCCGAGUGAGACGUCAGGAGAGAAAAGAGGGGAGACAAAUCAAUCAUCCACAACUAUUUUUUUUAGGAGACUCUCUUCACAGUUAAGGAAACAAGCAUACUGAUCGACAACCGUGACUUUCUGUACUAAGAAGACGAAGAGGGAGGAAGUUCAUUAGCACAUCUCGGGGGACUCGACGUGGUGCAGAGAUGUCCUGGUUGUCUCCAGUCCAGUGGGCCAAAUGGACAUGGUCUGCAGUGACUGGGAAUGGGGUGAACGACGAGGGGCAGCAAGGAUCCAAGGAUGAUGGAGAGGACAUGUAAGAGAGCAAGGCCACAGAGUGUUUGCGCCUAUGUUUGCGUGUAAAGAGAGGGAGGUUAAUGGCGUGUUUGUAGCUGGCGUAUAUAAAAAAAGAAAGACAUCUGGAGAGUAGAGAGCAGUUUUCUGUAUUCACUGUAGUUUAUACAGCACUAGAUCGGUUGUGUUUACAUGUGGGUGUUUGUGUGAAGACUCUCCUGAGUCAUACUGACAGGUGGCUGAUGCACACACACACACACACACACAAACCAACCAACUGAUGCUGUGAUAUUAUAUAAUAUAUUUUUAUCUAUGUCUAAAAACAGAUUCGCACACUCAGUCGAAAUACGGACACUUUUUGUAAAUCCCUGCUUUGUGUUUGCUUCACUCUCUGUUUCCUUGUCUGACUACAAACUAAGAUGAACUGAGUGUUCAGGCCUGAUUUUAUGAGUAUGUAUGUGAAAGUGUGUGAGAAGGAUCUUUUGGCAGUUGGGGAACAGUUGCUGAAGUUGGGGGGGGAAGGGAGAAAGCCACAGUUUCCAGAGCUUUUGACUCUUUUGCUGUCCAUUUUUAGUUUCUUAGUAACCAUCCAGGAUCGCAGCAGCCGUUGGGGCCAUCACUGGGAUGUGAUUCAGUGUCUAUGUGUGUGUGUGUGUGUGUGUGUGUGUUUGAGUGUGUGUGUGAAGGGGUGGGGGUGGGUUAUGUAUAUUAGGAUUAGCACUGUGUGGUGGGGUUGUAUAGAGAGCUGCAGAGUGUGUGAAAGCAUUUGUGAGAGCCGGUAUCAGAGAUGGAGUGUGGUCGGGUGUUGGCACUGAAAGCUUCGCUCCUUGUGUGCUGCUUUUCAUUAGAGUGCGGACGUUUUGAUGUGCGUUCAAGAGCCUGGGAACGGGUGUACACACAGACACAGAUGCACACACAAAACCACAUCAACUCUCACUCUCCCUGUCUCUCUUUUCCUUUUUGUUUCUCCACUGUUUGGAAAUAAAUUUGGGCUGGCUGUCUAAGCAGCUGACACAGCAGACCAAAAGACUGUGUUUAUGUGUGUGUGUGUGUGUGUGUGUGUGCCUGUGCGGCUGAAUGUGUCUGGCCCAUUUCAGUGGGUUCUAUUUAAGGGGUAAAGGAUGCAGGUGGCCUUGUAGGACUCCACUUCCUCUCCUCUCCCCUCCUCUGACUUCCUUUGUAAAAGAAGCAGCUUGUUUACUUUGUGCAGCUUUGAACUCUUUUGUUCGCUUCAAGAAAACAAGAGAUUGAUGUUGGAAAGUCGAGGCCUGUUUGUUCGAAUGAAACAAACAGCCACCGCCUUUAUUGAAAUAUAUAAUCAUUUUUGAACAUUUUCAAAGCCUCUCUAGUCACAAAGAUGGUCGUCUGCUAAGUGAAUUCAACCAACCCAGACAUUUUAGGUCAUGACAGCCUGCCAAACAUGCAGUUGUAACUUGACCACAUGAUAUUUUAUUCAGAUCUUUCUCUUUAUUUCUCUCCACAGUUCAGACUCAGAGGGGACCUUUGAGACUCCAGAGGCUGAGUCUCCUGGUGUUUUGAAGCUACUGAGCCAACUGGACAACUCCAAUCAAACAGGUCAGUGGUCUCUUACAUUGCUUUCCUCAUGAAUGUUUCAGAAUAGUGUCUUAUCCCUCACCUGGUAACACAAUAAAAAGUUCAGUUCAAACAUGAUCCAGGAUCAGCAGAGUGAGGUCAAACAGCUUCACAUAUUUUAUUUGAAUAGAUCUUUUCAUUCAUUCUCGUCCUGAUUUUCUGAAACACACUCACACGAUAACACUUUGGGACUCCAUAUUUCCUGCCUGUUUGACAGCUGUGAAUGUCCCUGUUUCAUUCAUAACUGUUUCCUGAAAAGAAAACAAUAUCUCUGCCUCAGUUGUUGGUUAACUCGUCCUACUUUUAAGUAACUAUUUUUCACGGUAUCUCUCCAUUAUCACCCCCCGGCACAGCUCACCCAAUUACCUAUAGGGUACACAUGAUUUGUAGAUAAGUGACGCUGUUUGUUGAAGUGAACAUUGACAUUGAUUUAUCUCAAGGGAAAAACCCUGUCAUUUGUUAAGGUCCAUUUUGAAGCAGUUUUACUCAAAUGCCAGUUGAUUUCUGAGUAAUUGAAUGCGGCCAUUACUUUUACAAUCUUUUAAAAUCAGUCUGAACAUGAUUUUGGUUUGAAUUUGACCAGAUAAUAGAGUAUCUUGUGUUUAAGCUCAGUGCAAGAAAUAGUUUUUGUUAUUUUGUUCCUACGGAUACGGACAGCAAGUUUUACAAUAAUCCUUUAAAUGACUCUAUGUAAGUAUGGAAAAGUAUGGAAGUAAUUUGAUUAAUUUCUAGGUCUUAAAAAGUAUGGUAAAUAAAAAAAAGUAUGGAAAAAUAUUUAGGUUUCCAGACUAAAAACCUACAGAAAAAAAAUACAGUUUUCUAAAAUGGAAAAGUAGGUAUUUCCUAAAAUAAUUCUUAAAAGUAGGGUAUGGAAAAGUAUGUAAAUUCUGACUGUGUAGGAACCCUGCUACUUUAAGUGGUGAGAUGUAUUUGGUGUGUGUAAUGCAGCGUCUGCAUCAUUAUAAGUAAAUAAUGAGUAUACUGGCAAUCUUGGAUCUGUUUACUGGAACCUUUUCUGACUCUGUGUGAGUUAUCAGAAAUGUAAAUGAGCUGUUGCCUGUUAGGCACAGACUUGUAAGUAGGCUGAUCAGUGGUUUAUAUAUGAGUGUUGGGUGUUUGAAGCUCAGAGCUCCAUCCUGGACCCUUUUCUUCCACUGCUUUGCUACCCAGAAACAAAAGUGAUGAUAAGAAAUGAAUUCCAGUGGGUUAUCUGUGUUAUUAUAAAUGCUCUCAUAUCAACCGUUAUGUUUAUACUUGUAAACAGUGUUCCUUCCUGUUUAUCCACUAAAACUAAUUGAUCACGACAUGGACUGUGCAUGCCUGUAUUGUCACAUGUGACACUGUGCUGGUAUAAAUGGUUUUUCAUGACUGUAGAUCACAGACAAUCAAUCUCCUUUUCAUGCUAAAAGCGUCACAUGGUGUGAAAAAUAUCUGGGUUAGUUUCGUAAAUAAAAGAUAAGCUGAGUGGAGAAGCUGAGAUUCAGUUUUGCUUUAAUGAGACGAAUAUCUCAGCAGAGGAUCACUGUCAAGUCAUGGGAACCACCACAGGCUACAAUUUAACUGUAUGUACAGUUGGACCCUGACUGACACAUUUUAAAGCUGUCUGUCUACCUCAUCCACCUGUUUCUCUUUCACUUCCCUUUUGCCCUCUUUUCCUCCUUUCUUUCGAGUUGUGAAACUGCCAUAAAGCCUGUUGUUGUUUUUGUUGCUAGGCCACGUGGUGGUGUGUGCCCCGUAUGAUUGGGUGUGGUUGCUCGGCAUCUGUUCCUCGUCUUCGAAGGGUGUAUUUGUGUCUGAAAGUACCCAGAUUUCGAGCAGAAGCUUGCAUAAACUUGAAUCCACUGUACGUGUGAUGUUGCAAAUCACACUCUCGCCACCGCUCAUGACAAAUGAUGUGAGAGGCUGUUAUCCACCUGAGCUGAAACUACAAAGGCUUCAUUCAUGUUGUGUGCACAUUGAGAGGAAAUUCAGGAAGGUGGGGGUUAUUUCAGUUUUAUUAUUGUAUGUAGCUGUGUGACUUUUACAGUGUGUGUGGGUGUGUUUUUCAGGAACAGAGAGUCUUGUGUUUUAGCAGCAGUGUGACUCAACAGAGAGCAGCUUGCUGCUGUGGUCGUCAGCAAGUGGUUAACGGGAUAUAUGAGGACACAGGAUGUGAAGUGCUCAGAGAGGAAGCCAGCAGCCAUUUUAAGUGUUUUAACAGAGGGGUGUAGAGGCCAUCACAUCAAGUUAAAAUCCCUGAAUGAAUGAUAAAAUCAUUAAGAAGCAGCAGGAUGGAGGAUGUUAAGUUUCUUUUUUAUCAAGGCAGUGACACUUGAGGAAGUAUGGCCGAAGCAGAAGAUCUGCUCCUCACUCACUUUCUUAUGAGAAUUUCUGUGUGUUACUUUGCAUCUAAAACUCUGUAUUGUGGUGUACCUCUGGGUUCUCCCCUGGGUCCUAUUCUUUUAUUCCCUGGAAUAUACUUCCUGCUACAACAAUGAGAAGCCCAGGCCUUAUGGGGUCUUUUACAAAGGAGCUCUCUGGAUAUUAUACCCUAAUCUAAAUCUCUUGACAACUUUCCAAAGCUUCAAGAGCAAAUUUGAAGCCAAGCCAGCUCCUAAACUUUUCCAGAUCACUCUUACCACUCUUGUUACGCUUUCUCAGAAGCUAAAGGCUCUCUAUGGAAACUUUUGGGUCAUUGCUACCUGGUCAGCACAAAAAAACAGCCAAGAGACAUGCACGCUCACCAACAGUACGAUAAGCAACUGUUUGCUAACAGUUUGGCUAUAUCAGAUUCACAGGUGAUGACACAGUAUUUAGUCUACAACCAGUCUCUGUUGUCUCUGCCUGCAUGAAGAUUAACUGUACUUUCAGUUGUAAAUGUCAGAGAAGAUCAUUUAAACAUUUGUUUACUAUGACACCUUUCACUGGAAACUAGAUUGUGAACAGCUGAGUUUGAUAUUCACUUAUUUUUCUUCCUUUUUCACAGUUCCAUCUGAUGUUACAAACCAUUUCCUCGACAAGAACUCCAACCAGAAUUUUGGCACAGUCUCUACCCAGGAUGUUGAUUCCUUAAACAACCUCGCCGGCUCCUCGCAAAAUGGCGGCAGCUUUGGUUUGGAUCAGAAUCUCAACCUCACCCUCAGCAACAAAUCAAGUCCCGGCGAAGGUUUCUCCCAAUCCCCCCAGCCUCAAGUCCUGCGGCCUCCGUCUCUGUCUGUCCUCUCCCCACUCAACAAGCCGGACCCUUCAGAGGUGGACGAUGAGGCUCCAGUGACGUCUGACUCCAGCCCUGACUCCAACUUGAUCCCCAUUAAUGGUGUUUGUGUGGACACUGAUUUGCUUAAUGGCAACAUGAAUUCAAACACAAAACACAGCCCAAUAAUCACGUAAGUACAACUUAAGAGACAGCUAACGCCUUUAGUGUGUCUUCUAAUGGCUGUUAAUAGUCCAUCCAUCCCUCAUCAUUGUUAUCCUGUUUUUUUAAGAGUUUUACUCUCAUUAAACUCUCACUUAAACUUACUUCUACUUUAAUUUCUCGUUUUCAGUCACAUUUCUUUAAUUACCCAAUUUAGGGUAGGUUUUGUUUUUGUUUUUUUUUCACUUGAGUGUAGAGUAGUCAUGUGGUCAAACAGUGCCCUCUUGUGGUUUCUUUAAUUUUAAGUUUUCACUCAAAAGGGGUCUGGUUUGCAUUUUCAUAGAAUGAGUUCAUGUAGUGAAAAAGGACAAAGUCUUUCACAGUUUAUUUUGGGCUUUACUGCCUUUAUUGAGAGACGUUAGGACAGGGAAAAAGAGAGGAAAUUGGGAAAGAGUAGCUGAUAACAUGCAGUGAAGGACUGCAGGUUGAAAAAGCCUCUGUACAUAAAUGGGGUGUGCAAUUCAACCCCCAGACCAAACCGGUGACCUGGGUUAGGAUUUUUAAACUUCUUUUAAAUAAUUUGUUGCUAAAAUUAGUUCUUUGUUGUUGCGUUUGCCAAGUAAGAAGAGAGGAGGAGGAAUACUUGGCCUCAACAACCAGGAGUGUUUCAGAUAGUCAUCUAAAACAAACGUUUUUUUGACUAGAAUCAUUUUAAAAAUUAAUAUAUUUUAUCUUGUAUGGAUGCUUUGUCUCCUUUUAAUUUUUCUCAGGUUUCACUAUUUUAUUCUCAACCGUCUUAUUUUUCCUGACGACCUAAAACUCUCCCAUGUCUGCUCUCAGUCUUGAUUUUUAUUCACUGCACUUAAAUAACUCUGCUCUCACUUUGUGUUAAAUUUAAACCCUGUUCCAUCCUUUCCUGUGUCUGUCCCUUCCCGUUCCUUCCAAACCUGUCAUUGUGUUUCCCUUCUUUCUGUGUGGCAUCAGGACUGCUGAGCAAGUCCAUUUCCUCUGUGUUCUGUUGUAAGUACUGUGUGGCCUUGGGUGUGUAGAGCUUCAGUCCUUGCUUCUCUUAAACAAACCAAAGUCUAGGAUGACUCCACAGCCUAAUGCAAUAUUCAUUUGACCUCAAUUUAUAAAAAGUGAAGGAGGAGGAGUAGUGUAUCCUACAGCAUAGAGAGGCUUUAAUUAAAACACUGCAAUUCAUAUCAAUUCAAUGUGCAACCAUAGUUGUUCCUGUUAUAAUUUGGCAUCAGUAUUUAUUUUUUUUCUGUAACCUGCUUCAUCUUCUCUGUAUUUUUCCUUUUAUGUGUGAUUCUGCACUUUAAGCAGAGCAUGCAAAACACACAGCAGAGCAAUGAGGUGUGACUGUCAGGCUCCUGCUUUUGCCUUUCAUCAUUACUCCAGCCAGUAUUACCAGAACCAGACCCAUAUUGAUCUGAUUACUGUUGACACUGAUGUUGUUAUUGACCUUUCUCAGGAACUCCUGUAAAGUGCAGCCAAACCAGCUCAUGCAAAAGGAUCUCAGUGGACAGGUUAGUUGUUUUUAGUGUGUUUUCAGCUCAUUGGUCUCAUGUGGUAAUGUCAUGAGAAAAAAAAACUUAAAUCAGUUGUGUUUAUUCCACCUGCUGUUAAGGAUGAGCAUCAUGGAGGCCACGCCACAGAUGAGGAGAAGUUGGCGAGCAGUGUGAGCGUCAAACCAGACAAGGACGAAAGCUGUGAGUAAAAAUAUCAAUGAAUAUUGAUUUUAAUGUUUUUCUCAUAUCUGCAUGCUUGAGGGCACAGACUGACAUAGAUAUUAAUCAAUGAUUUAUCUGUCUAAAGUGUGACUCUGGUGUACAGAGUUGAAAUAACUGGAUGCCAAAGUUCUGACAUCAUGUUUAAACUAACCUCCAUCAAUACUGGACAGAGGGCCUGUUGUGCCGCCCUACAAGCACAACAGUAAUUAUUAACUUCAUGCAGUAUUUUCACAUUCAUCUGGGUCCAGUGUGUUUGUUUGAAUGUUUGUUUAUACCAAAGCAGCUCGGCUCACAGUCGCCUUCAGGCUGCAUGUGACACAGCUUCAGUUACUGUCUGAAUCACUGAAUUAAGCUCAGCAGCCUGCAGGGUCAUCGUUCCUGAAGGCAUCAUGAUAUUUUUAAACCAUGAAUAAUUUUUCAACAAAGGAAACGCAGCAAAGUGUAGAAAUCGGAUGAUUGUUUACAUUUGAAAACAAACAGACAAAAACGCACAGAAAUUUGUAAAUUGUCAUAAUAAGACAUUAUAAAUUCUAAAGAACAUAGACCACCCACUCCAUAAUACCUUAAUGGACCAAAGGGCCAAUGAUGGUGGAUGGCUCCUCCCUCUUGGCUGUAGGACAGAAAGAUUCAGAAGAUCUUUUGUACCCACAGCCAUCAAACUUUACAACUCCUCUGUAAAUAGUAGAUAACUUUUAGAGACAUGACAAAUGAGAUGACAGAUGAUUGAAUUUCCACUCUGGGAUUAAUGGAGUUAUUCUUAUUCUAAUGUAUGCUCCCUGAGUCAUAAAUACUGGGAAAAAAAACUUGUAAAACAAUGAAUUGUGUAGAAAUAUUACAUUAAAAAGAUACUUUAGACCUUUCAUUUCACCACUUGAUUCUGAUUUCUUCAUAAGUUUAUGACUUUAAGUGAUUUCAAAUGAGUAGUAUGUUAAAAGAAAAAUACUUUUGGAUGAAAAUGAUAAAUAUUACUUCCCAUGUGCAUCAUUUAAAGACAUUUAUUGCUUUUCUAUGAUUCAGGCUGCCAUGCGGUAUCAAAAGCAGAGGACUCAGACUGCUGCUCUGCGGUGAGUAAACAACGCAAUCUAAUCUUUCAGUCUGUUUUGAAAGUUGUGCAUCCAUAUACUACAUGUCCUCCCUGAAGUUUAAUUUUCCUUAUUAAAACAAUAAAAGUUUUAUUAUGAUCAAUGCCAACAUUAACCACUAGGUGGGGACAAAGCACUGAUAUUCAUCACUCUGUUCUCUGUCAUUAGAGAGGGAAAACAGACCUGACAAGUAUAAACUUACUUUUGUUUUUACAUUUCACUUGUAAAUGAUCUAUUUGGCUCAUUUGUUCAUCUUUGUGCUCAUGUGCUUUUUUGAUUUGUUGGAUUAAUUUACACGGUAAUCAUUGUAGUCUGUCAUAGACCAGUGAUUGGUUUAGUUAGAAGCCAGCUGCACUGUAACUAAAGCUGCUGUAUAUAAUAGCCAGCGUGACAUGAUGGCUGUCCUGUUCUACAGGGCGGCAGGUGGUGUCUGCAGGCUUAUUAAUGUUCUCAAAUGACAGAGGGAUUUAGAUUAGCUUCAGGAGAUAAGAAUAUGACCGUCAUAAUCCAUAGAAAGAGCAGUGAACAGAGAAAGAGAGAGAGAGACUGGGUGGAGUACAGGAUUGAUUGAGAUUUAAGCAUAAUCUUAAUUUAUAAAUAACCCCAAACACAGUAGAUUAGAGGGAGGGAAAGAGAAGGAAAACAGAGCCAGAGGGAGAGAAUUUUAGUAUGUUUACUUUUCAGUGCAGAAUAGUCUUCCUCUAUAAGUAUGGUGUGUCAGUCUUUCAUAGCCGCAUUGGGAUAAACUACCCAAACAUUAAGACUUUUGGUAAAAUUGGUGUCUUUUUAUGGGGUUUGAAAUCAAAUUGAAAAAAAGAAGUGGAGUUCAUUUUUCUGUGUGUUUGGUCGAGUUUAAAGUCAAUGGUUGUCAGUCCUGCUGGGAAUCUCCUUUUCCUCCAAUGCCCAUGAAAAUCUGUGAAAAAUAUCUUAGCCUUAUCUCAGUUAUACCACUGAAUGUGUUUAAAAGGUGUAGAUUAAAAUAACAUAUUUUCCGUCCUCUGUAGUCUGAGGACCCAUGCAAGCUGAAGAACCAGUCGGGGGGAAGUGAAAUGGAGAAAACAGGAAGUCAGGUUCUGGACUCCAUCUGCAUCAGUGAGGCAGAAAAACAGGCUGUUCUCACACUCAUUAAAGAGGAGGUACAGACACACAUCACUGGAAGCCAGAAUAAGAAAUAUCAUCAGUUUGUUUGUUUUCACUUCAAUGGGUUUUCUCUGACUUCUGUUCAUCACGGUCAUCUCCACCUUUAGAUCAUUACCAAGGAGGUGGAGGCCAACGACUGGAAGAAAAAGUAUGACAGCAGCAGACAAGAGGUCACUGAGAUGAGGUCAGCAAACAUGUUAUAUCUAUAAUUAAUCUGCCAUAAUUAUGAAUAACCUGAUCAUUCAGUAUUGAUUUGGGCGUGGCCAGUUUAAGAACACAGGCGUCAAAGUCAUACAUUUGCUGCUUUUUCUGUUUAAGUGUUGGGACUGUAAAAGAAACUUAAACGCAUGGAUAGAAAUGUCUUCUUAAAAACCCUCUAGUAAAGUUGGUUAGGAUUGACCAAGUGUUUCGUUUGAUUACAGGAAAAUUGUAGCAGAAUAUGAAAAGACGAUUGCUCAGAUGAUUGGUGAGUAGUAUUGAUGAAGAUGAAGUUCCUUAUAUCUGAGUACCUUGAAGCUCAACUUUUUGCCCUAUCAUAAUCUCUGAAGACUUUUUUCUUAAUGUUGCAGAUGUAAUAUUUCAUGCCAUCAUUUUUACCAAACUAAAUACAAGAUAAGAAUUGUUUACAACUCAAUAACUGUUUUUUUUUUCCUUUUAGAGGAUGAACAGCGCAGCAACCUGAACUCCCAGAAGGCUUUGCAGGCCAUGACAGCAGAGAAGGAAGCUGCUCUUGCAGACCUGAACUCAGUGGAGCGCUCUCUCUCCGAUGUGUUUCGGAGAUAUGAAAAUAUGAAGAGCACCCUGGAGGGCUUUAAGAAAGUAAGGAGAUAUCAAGCAAAUUAAUUUCCUGAAAAUUCUCAGAUUUAGCUGAUGGUAGAAUCAACUGUCAGCUGUAAGCGUAUCAGGGUCACAAUGCGGUCAAGGUAUCCUGUGAUUAGGGGCUGAGGUCAGCAGAAUUUAUAUCAAAGUAACAGAUAUUAGUGAUCUAGCACUGAACUGGUAGAAUAGGCAGUGAUCUUUCGUGCUAGGAAAUGCUGCUUCCCAUUUGCUUCUCUCUCACAAGUGGUCCCCCACGGGUCUAUCUUGGGGGCCCCUCUUAUUCACUGCGCACAUGCAUCUUUUGGGGUAAAUCCUGCAUAGGUAAGGUAUAGACUUUCACUGCUAUGCAGAUGACACCCUACUUUAUGCUCCUUUUAAACCUGGCACCACUGAUGCAUAUUGAAUUAUGUCAUGCAGACAUCGAGAAUUGAAAUUUUUAUUAACCUUGUUUGUUUGUACAUGUCUUUUAUAACUGCAGCAGUUAAAGGGAUAUUCCGGUGUAAAAUUGUGUUAUGGUCAAACACACCGUAACACCGAGUUAGACACUCCCUUGCUUCUCUAGAUAGAUAGAUAGACAGACAGACAGACAGACAGACAAACUUAAUUGAUCCCAAACUCGGAAAUUCUCAAACAUUUUUUUUGUGCGUGGCAGCCUCCUCUCCAGCCUCGCGCUGCCUCCUUGUGGAGCAAACACUGCAGUUGGUUGCUAGGAGCCACUCAUUAGUUAUACCAACGAAUGCAAUACACAGCGGUCAACCUCUCCACACGCAAACCUCAGCCAAAAAGCAAAAGCACUAGCCACCACACAUCUUUUUAGCUUUGCCUGAUUUCUUUAGCAAAGAGACUAAACACAACUCACCCACUCUCUUCCAGCAGCUGCUUGUUUAUAGGAGAGCUCGAAUGAGUCCAUCGACAACAGCGGGGUGAUGCAGCUCAAGGAAGAAAGAAGCUUAAGGAAGAACAUGCACCCCGCUGCAGUCAGUGAUGGACUCGUCCGAGCUCUCCUAUAAACAAGCAGCUGCUGGAAGAGAGUGGGUGAGCUGUUUUUGACUGUUAAGCCCUUUGUAGCUUGUUUUUGGAAAGUGCUAUAUAAGUAAGAUUAAUAUUGUUAUUAAUGUCUCAUACAUUGACUGACGGAUGUAAUUAUUUACUGAUUAGAAACUGCAGAAAAACACUCCAUGAAAGCCAUUUCACCUGUAAAUCUUGACCCCUGGUCGACCUGCAUCUGUUUUACAGCUCCUGCUUAUGUACAGAGAGAACCCUGUGGUAGUUAAACUGGAAGCUGCCAGGAGAACAUUAGCGCUGUAUCAAGAAUUAAAGAUUAGAAAAAGCUCACUCUAUUUAGAAGCAAAAAUUACCUUAAAUAACAAAAGAGUUUUUCUUUUCUCCAAUAGAAUGAAGAGGUGCUGAAGAAAUGUGCUCAGGAGUAUCUGGCCAGAGUCAAGCAGGAGGAGCAAAGAUACCAGACACUGAAAAUACAUGCUGAGGAGAAACUAGACAAGUAUGUGGUCAUUAAAAGAAAACAUCAUUUAUUUGUCUAGUUGAAUUUAAAAUGUAUACAGGAUCAUACUUUGUGUAAAACGUUUGUUGAUUUUAUUCAUUCCUCAUUUCUUGUAGAGCCAAUGAGGAGAUUGCUCAAGUGCGUGGAAAGGCGAGCUCAGAAAACAUGGCGCUGACUGCCAGUCUGAGGAAGGAACAAAUGAAGAAUGAGUCCCUGGAACAAUCUCUGUCACAGAAGGUAUCUUCAUUUUUUUCCUUUUAUGCUCGCUCGACUUUAAACGUUGACAUACAGAAGUACCCGUCAAUUGAAAAUGUAUUUAAUCUCCUUUUUGUCCGAUGUUGUUUCACUGUCACAGAAUCAAGAGAUUGAAGAACUCACAAAGAUCUGUGAUGAGCUGAUCGCCAAAAUGGGGAAAAUAGACUGAGACACCUUUCGGUCUCAGCUUUUUCAGUCCUUCUGGUCGUUUUCAACAGUGACACCCUCUGCAUGUCCACCGGCAGAGACACAGUUCUUAUAUCCUCUGUCAGCCCUGCAUCAGAGACUGCUCAUGUACAAAAUAACUUCUUGUGUACUAAAAUUGCACUAGUGACCGGAUUCAAAGAGAUACUUUAUGUGCCAACUAUUGUUUAAGUUGGGACCCUUCUAAACGUUUACAGUCAUGUUGUUUUGUCUGCAUUUCUGCCCUCAAUGAGGCUGUCUGGACCUCUUGUGCUUCCAGCCGUCAUGCCAGUGAACAACAACCUGCUUGUGACUCAGAUUCCCAAACGGCUUAAAUGCUAAAUUCCCAUAAGCCCCUCCUACAGGACGAUAUCAUGCAGCAGCGGUUGUUUUGGAGGUCCAUUGAUGUGUAUACAUUAUUUUAUGAUGGCCUUUGACAAGAAUGAAUAAGGAUUAUUAUUAAGAAAACAUUAAAUGUAUAUUUUUAUGAAGUAAAUAAAGGACAGCUCAGGGGUAUUGCGUUGCUUAACAAGUCACACUAUACAAGAGCUGGAGGAGAUGGUUUAGGAUCGUUCAAGGAAACAUGGUAGUUUUUGGAGGCCUUAGAUUGCUCAGCUGUGACACUGAAACCAGACUGAGUCUGGACCACGGUCAGUAAAACUACAGCUGCAGAUAAAUCACAGCUUUACUUGCUUUAAAGUUUGCACAGAGAAGUAUGAUAGCCUGACAAUCACAGACUCAGCUGCAACUGUGUCAGCUUUGUCGUGUUUGAGCCACAAAGUCGAUGAAGAGAUAACUUUAUACUGAAGUGGAAAAAGAAACACAAAAAUGAACACUAAAUGAAAACUGUCCUGUAUUAAAAUCACAACCAAAUAGAACAGAGUGAUAGAUUCAGUAAAAGAGUCUAGAUUCAGUUUAGGUAUAAAACGUUUUGAAGUCUUGCAAGUGUUGAAUCGUAUCUGUGCUUAUUUUAGUUUUUUUUUUAUGUCAUCACUGAGUCACAGAUUGAGAGGGAAAACAAAGUUUCAAAGCUUUGAAAGUAGAGGUUCUUCAUUUUGCUCUUAUAAGUUGACAUGUAGGAGCUACUCCUCAGAAAAAUCUGUGUUAGCAUGUUCAUUUUUGUAACUCUGACUUCAAGAGAAUUUACCUUAUUUUUCAUCAAGACUAAAUUUUCUUUAAAAAUUCACUACACCACCAGACUUCCCUGGAUAAUGAGGUUUUGAUCCAGAUAUAUCUGAUUGGAGUAACUGAAAGAAUCUGAUAAAGGAUAUAAGCAUGUACUAGUACUAUUUCAGUACUCAGUCCCUUAUAGUCAGGGACUAUUGAAUACAGUUUGUUUGAUACCUCGCCUCUUUGCCACCUUGUGCACCCUCUUAAAACCCAAACCUACUGUUGUGCCAUGGCUUAUAUUAGUGCUAUUCUAAACUCAUGCUCCAUCUUGUUACUCAGCUGCUUAGUCCUUGUCUUAUGAAGGAUUUAUUUGCCACUUUGGUCCCUCUAUUUGAUUACUAAUUUGUACUGUAUAUGUAUGUUUAAAGUAGAGAUGGAGAACUCACACUUGUGUUGACACAUUGUGGUGAAAAGCAAGCGUGUGUACAUUUGCUUGAAUGAAAUUAAAUAUGAUGUCUUUAUGUACGUUUUUAUUCAC